AUGAAGAAUUCUCAGAGGCUCAAGUAUUUUUUUUUAGGGAUAUGCAUUUUUUCAUCACAGUGGAUACUGACCCAUCAGAAAGUCAAUUUAGCCUUAAAAGGAAUAGCAACACAAUCUUCUACAUACAGCACUUAUUCUGCGAACUUGGCUAUUGAUGGUAACACAGAAUCUAUCUUCGGUUCUGGCUCUUGUGUACACACCAGAGAAGACUAUGACCCAUGGUGGAGCGUGGAUUUGUUGGCAGUGUAUGAUAUUGGAACUGUAGUGAUCACAAACAGAGGCGACUGCUGUCCAGAGCGGAUAAAUGGUGCAGAGAUUCAUAUUGGUGACUCCCUAAUCAACAAUGGCAACACUAACCCUAGAUGUGUUGUUAUUCCUGGUAUACCUCUUGGAGCCUCUGCAAGUUACACCUGCAAUAUGAGGGGUCGUUAUGUGAACAUUAUCAUUCCCAACAUUAAGCAGUAUCUUACCCUUUGUGAGGUGCAAGUUUAUCAAGGGCCUACUAUUAAGUGGGCAUUUCUAAAAUUAAAGAUUAAGAGCAGUGAGGAUCUCAGCAACCCCACCAUAAAAGAGAACAUUCUUCAAAUGAUAAAGUCUGCCAAUCUUCAGUCAUCUGUAAUUCAGAUUCGCUGGACAAUGGACCCAGAAUGUGAAGCUUACUAG